AUGUAUUCGUCGUAUUGGAAACCAAAUGAUGGACGAGAGUCCCAUGUACGAACGGAUCAUGAAGCUCUUCAUCGAGAUGAAGCUACACAUAAAGCCAUGCAAUCCGAUGAAACCGAGUUACGACCAUUGGAUCUAGAGACAAUCAUGAGUUCAAAAGCAGCCGUCAAAUUUUGGUAUUUACAUCGUCCAAAGACCAUGGCUUAUGUCCACAAGAAUGCGACUAAAGUUCAGAGUCUCGGACGUGCUUUUGCCGUUCGAAAACUACGGGAAAAACACGGGGCUGAAUAUAUGGCCAAUCUAGCACGACAGGAUCAAGUCCGACGUGACGCUGAUGUGCUCAAGGAACUUACGGAUGAAGAACGGGCAGCGAAAGAGCUGAAUGAUGCUGCCUAUGAUGCUCGGGUUGAAGAAUCGAGACGUCUACGUCGUGAGCAGAUUGAAAAUGAACGUCGUGCGGAAGAAGAGAUUCGCAUCAAGCAGGCAGAAGCGGCAUCUGAACGUCGUCGUCUUGAGGAAGAACGCAAAGCUGCGGCGUUGGCUGCUCAGAAGGAAGCAGAGCGUCUGCGAGAAGAGGAAAGACUUGUCAAGCAGCAGAAAGCUGAGGAAGAGCGUCGUCGUCAACAAGAAGAAGCUUUGCGGCUUGAAGAGCUCCGUCUUAUUGAGGAGGAAGAGCGUCGUGCUGCUGAAAAGGUUGAGGCUGAACGCAAGGCGGAAGAAGAGCGAUUGGCUGCUCUGGAAGCUGCUCGUUUGGCUGAAGAGGAGGCCAUUCGUGCUGAAGAAAUACGUCUUGCUGAAGAGAAACGGGUUCGUGAAGAAGAAGAGGAACGACUGCGUCUUCAAGAAGAGGAACGUCUUGCGGAAGAGAAACGGGUUCGUGAAGAAGAAGAGGAACGACUGCGGCUUCAAGAAGAGAAACGUCUUGCUGAAGAGGAACGCAUUCGCGCAGAAGAGGAGAAGGCUGCUUUCCUCGCUGCUCAGGCUCGCGAGGAAGAGGAACGUCUUGAGCGUGAAGCCGAAGAGAAGCGUCUUCGUGCGGAAGAGGAGCGCCGUGCGCAACUGCAGCGUGAAAAACGCGAGCGCAAACGCGCAGAAGCGGCUCUCGCUGCCAAGCUUGCCAAGGAGGAGGCGGAGCGUAUCCACCAGGAGCGCAUUCAGCAGGAGAAGAAUGAGAAGUAUGCGCAAUCGCUGUCAAAGGACGUGCCGGUGGUCGUGCAUCAGCGUGGCCCGGGCCGUAUCGUAAGUUACGACAAGCAGCGCGAGACGUAUGCUGUCGAAUUGGACAAGUCCAUGGGCGGCAUGCAGAUUACUGUGCCAAUUGGUGACGUCAACCUUGAUGACAAACGUAUUCUAUCUCCACGCACCAAGGUGGACACGCCGUUUGGCACGGGUGAGGUAGUGGGUCUUGACCCACACGUUGGAUGCUACGCUAUCAACACUGAAGUCGGCGCACCGGACGACAAUCAGUUUUUGGCGUUCGUACAGGUCAAGGAUGUUGUUUUGCACGUGGAGGAAGAGGAAGAGCGUGCGAUUGUGGAGGAUGCGUCGUUGCCAAUUCCUGAUGAGAUCGGUCUUGAUUCGGCUCGCAUCGUUGAUAGCCGCAUUGUAAACCGCACGGGUAGCAAGUUCAUUCAGUACAAGUUGGAAAUCCGCACAACGAAUUAUGGCACGGUGUUUUGCUGGAAACGUUAUAGCACCUUCCGCUCCUUGUGUGACCGCCUCAUUAAGGAAAACGGCAUGAAACGCCGUGACAUUCCGGACUUGCCGCACCGUCACCUUGUGGGUAACUUUUCGCAGCAAACGAUUGGUGAGCGUGCGGAGAAGCUGAACUUGUUUCUGAGUGCCGCUGCGAAGGCAGAGCACUUGCAGUGGGGCAUUCGCGUGGACGACCAGAUUGCCGUCUACAAGCGCCGCAACAAACGUGCAACACAGCCCAGCAGUCAACCCGGUAGCCGCGGCGCCCGCAGAAUUUUCUCGCGACGACGGUAA